UCCGGAACAUAAAGACUUACAGGUCCUGCCUCCCAGGCUCAAAGCUGGCUCCGUGGGGGACACAGUGACAUGAGAGGCACACCACAGACCCACCUCCUGGCCGUCUCCUUCCUCUGCCUCCUCUCUAAGGUGUGUGCCCAGCUGUGCCCAAUGCCGUGUGCCUGCCCCUGGCCGCCGCCCCAAUGCCCACCGGGGGUGCCCCUGGUGCUGGACGGCUGCAACUGCUGCCGGGUAUGUGCACGGCGGCUCGGGGAGCCCUGCGACCACCUCCACGUCUGUGACUCCAGCCAGGGCCUGGUGUGCCAGCUCGGGGCGGGCCCUGGAGGCCAGGGGGCCGUGUGCCUCUGGGCAGAGGAUGACGGGAGCUGUGAGGUGAACGGCCGCCGGUUCCGGGAUGGGGAGGCCUUCCAGCCGCACUGCAGGGUCCGCUGCCGCUGCGAGGACGGCGGCUUCACCUGCGUGCCCCUGUGCAGCGAGGACGUCCGGCUGCCCAGCUGGGACUGCCCGCACCCCCGGAGGGUGGAGGUGCCGGGCAAGUGCUGCCCUGAGUGGGUGUGCGACCAGGCAGGGGCGCUGGGGGGCCAGCCCCUCCUGGCCCCAGGACUCCAGGCUGCUGGCCUUGUCGCUCCCCUACCUCCUGGGGUCCCCUGCCCAGAAUGGAGCACAGCCUGGGGCCCCUGCUCGACCACCUGCGGGCUAGGCGUGACCACCCGCGUGUCCAACCAGAACCGCUUCUGUAGACUGGAGACCCAGCGCCGCCUGUGCCUGCCUGGGCCCUGCCCACCUGCCAGGGGCCACAACCCCCUACUCGGUGCCUUUUAGAGAUGGCCCAGCGGGCAGCCAUCCAGCUCUGGUGCUCCCUCUGGGCCCUGGAGGACAAGAAUGUCACAGCAGCCUGGGCCCUCUGGACCCUGAGAUAGACCGGGGAUGCAUGCCUUCGUCCUGUUCCCUCUAACUCCCAGCCUGGGGGAAGGGGGGAGGACCAGUUUCUAGGGCCUUCUGCUCCAUUCCCAGCCUGCACACAGUCUUUACCCAAGGUGCACGGGGGUGGCCAUCUCUGCUUAACCAUCAGGCUCGGGCCGGUACUGGGCUGCACUGGCCAUUUUCCUGGGGUGUGGGAAGAGGGCCCAGAUCUGAAUCUCCUGCAUCCUCUCCUGUGGUGAUGCAGACACCUCCCUGCGCCUGCGCCUGUGCAGGAAGCUGGGUGUGGGGCGCUGUCUGAGAAAGCCUUCCCCAUCCCGGGCAGAAUUCAGGGGCCGAAUGCUUUGUGAAAAUCGCAAGACGAAAUCAUGUCUUAGGAAGGUCCAUUACACUCAGCUUGCAUGGUGAGCAUCACCUUCACUGAGCGCCCGCGUGCCGGCACUGAGCUAGGCACUCCGCAUAGAUCCGCGCUUCGCAAUAUUUGGAUUCAAGCAAAGCAGGGGAGAGUGUCCUCCGGGGACCGGGGAACAUGGUCUGAAAUAAACCAGCCCACGUGUGAAGUUCUGUUCGAA